AUGAUUGCCACGACGUGGACGUACCACGAUCUCGCUGCUCACUCGAUGCGCGGUGGCGCGGGUCUGGGAUUCAGCAUCGCCGGUGGGACUGACAAUCCUCACUUUGGCAACGAUACUGCAAUUUAUAUCACAAAACUUAUACCAGGCGGUGCAGCAUCAGCAGACGGCCGUUUGCGUGUCAAUGACACGAUACUCCAGGUGAAUGAGGUGUCAGUUGUCGACGUUCCUCAUGCAUCGGCCGUCGACGCGCUCAAAAAAGCCGGCAAUACUGUUAAACUGUACGUACGAAGACGAAGGCACCUACAUUUGACAGAAAUCGAAUUAAUAAAAGGGUCAAAAGGGCUUGGAUUCAGUAUUGCCGGUGGUAUUGGCAAUCAGCACAUACCCGGUGAUAAUGGAAUCUACGUCACGAAAAUUAUGGAUGGCGGAGCAGCACAGGUUGAUGGACGGCUCAUCGUAGGUGACAAAUUAGUCGCUGUCAGAAAUAGUUUGGGUGAUAAAAACUUGGAGAAUGUAACACACGAAGAAGCAGUGGCGACUUUGAAGGCGACUCAAGACAGGGUAGUUUUGCUGGUCGCCAAACCGGAAGGCGUAUUGCCUCCGCCACCGCCGGCAUCAGACCACUCGCUAUCACCCCAACCACCGUGGCAUGCUUUUCACACGCCAAGCCCGCCAGUAACAGCAACACCGCCAAACCCCGGUUUCGCACAAAGUAUACAGACUCAAAAGAAAACUCAGUCUCUGAAAAGUAAACAAAAUGGCUCCGUAACUGCAUUGGAAAAUAAUUCACUGGCGUAUUCACAAGAAUCGCGGCAUGCUUCCUCCCUGGCACUCCAUGGAGCGGUAACACCACGAGCAGUAUCUCAGGAAGACAUCUCACGGUGA